UAUAAAAUAUCAAGCUGUGAUCAAAAUAUAGUUGGGCAAUAUACAACGCUUGCUCAUCUACAUAAAUAAGCCAAGAAACAAAAUUUACAUUUAUUAAUACGAUGGGCAAAGAUUAUUAUCAGAUUCUGGGCAUCAAUAGGACAGCAACUGAUGAGGAAAUCAAAAAAGCUUACAAGCGAAUGGCCCUUAAGUAUCAUCCAGACAAAAAUGACCACCCAGAGGCUGCAGACCAGUUCAAGGAGAUUGUUAUAGCAUUUGAAAUACUAUCAGAUAAGGAAAAACGACAAUUAUACGACCAAUAUGGAGAAGAAGGCCUUAAAAACGGCUUUGGCCAAACUACUUUCACAGAACCAUCAGCUGAUAUGCUACCGUUUAUAUGCGCCGUUGGAGGAACAGUUUUAUUUGCUUUUGCAGCAUUCAAAACAUUCCAAUAUUUUACCAAGAAACCUAAUGCGGAUCGCAAAAAUGAAGACAGUCAAUGAAUCUCUCUAAAUAAAAUUAAUUAUUCACAAUUUUAGCAGAAUUGUUAACAUAUUUUAAUUAAAUUGGUUCUAUUGCUGUACGUAUAAUUUGGUAAUAUCGAUGCGAUGAACAAAAUUCUGUAUUAAGCAGCAGACAAUUAAAUAAUUUGUAGGACAUUUGUUCAAAACU